UUGGAGUGUGUUUCAAGUGCAGUCUGACGGGAAAAUGGAGCAUGCACCCUCCCCCCCUGCCCUUGUCUUUCCCGUCUCCAUGGUGACUCACCACUUUGCCUGCCACAUCCCAGCAUCCCAGCCUCUGCCAGGGACUCGGAGCCGGCCGGUCCCUCCCUCCUCCGGGCUUGUUCCGGCAGCCCUGCCUCCUCCCCGGGCGAGUCCAGGGGCAGCCUCCUCUUCCCGACCGACCGACCAUCACAUCUAUUCUUCAGCUCUGACAGCCGGCUCUCGGGGAGACCAUCCCCACACCCUCCACCUGCACAGCCACCAGCCCUUCCAUCCUCCGCUGCGCCAGGUCUCUGGGCCUCCGCCCUGGCCCCGGCCUCCGGACCCAUCCCCACUCCCAGCCUCCCAUGCCCAGGUCCGCCUUCUCAGUCAUUUCCCUUUGUCACCGGUUUGGCAAACAGGAGAGGAAACAGAGCUUCAUGGGAAACAGCAGCAACAGUUGGCACCACGCACCGUCCCCCAGGCUGGAGUGGGGCCUGGGGUCCCGGCCCGGGGCGCCUCCGGAGCCGCCCACCUGCGCCCUCUGCCCGGAGCAGCGGCGCGAGCCCUCGCGGGACCACGGCCCCGACGCCCGCAGCCGGUGCUCCCAGCGCCGCAGGGGCUGCCGGCGGAAGGGCCUCCGGGGCCUGGAGGAGAGGAUGGGGCGCCUGCUGCGGAGGCCGCCGCCCGCCGUGCAGGAGAGCUGCGCGCGGCCGGAGCCGGAGCCGCUGCUGCUGGUGCGGGUCGGCGCCGCUGGAGGCCCGCGGCUGAGGAUGGGGGCCGUCAACCGCUGCCUGAAGCACCCGCUGGCCCGGGACACCCCCGUCUGCCUCCUCGCCGUGCUGGGGGCGCCGCGCUCCGGGAAGACCCUGCUCCUCGACGGCCUGCUCCGGGGGCUGCCGGGCCUGGCGCGGGAGGCGGGCGAGGGCUGGCCGAGCGGAGGGGGCGCCCUGCCGGGGUGCAGAUGGGGCGCCGACAGCCUUGACCGGGGCGUGCGGAUGUGGAGCCACCCCUUCCUGCUGGGGAAGGAGGGGCGGGAGGUGGCUGUGUUUCUGGUGGACACGGGGGACGCCAUGAGCCCUGAGCUGAGCCGAGAGACAAGGACCAAGCUGUGCGCCCUCAUCAUGAUGCUGAGCUCCUACCAGAUCCUCAGCACUUCCCAGGAGCUGAUGGACGCAGACCUCGAAUACCUGGAGAUGUUUGUCCACGUGGCUGAGGUGAUGGGCAGGCAUUAUGGGAUGGUGCCCAUCCAGCGCCUGGAUCUCCUCGUUCGUGACUCACUCCGCCCCAACCAGGCAGGGCGGGGGCCCGCGGGGGACGCCCUCGGGCCUGGCAAAUACCCCAGGGUCCGGGCGCUGCUGCGAGGGAGGCGAGCCCGCUACUGCCUGCUGCCUGCUCUGCGGCGACCAUGGGCCGGCAGAGACCACGGGAGCCCGGGCAGCCCGGAGGACGAAGCCUGCCCGCUGCGGGCCUACAUCGCGGACGUGCUGAGUGCCGCCCCGCAGCAUGCCAAGAGCCGCUGCCAGGGGGACUGGAGUGAGGGACGCCCGGUGGCCAGGGGGGACGGCCGCCUGCUCACAGGGCAGCAGCUCGCUCAGGAAAUCAAGAACCUCUCUGGCUGGAUGGGGCGGCCAGGGCCCGGCUUUGCCUCUCCGGAUGAGAUGGCCGCCCAGCUGCACGACCUGAGGAUGGUGGAAGCUGCCAAGAAGGAGUUUAAGGAGUACGUGCGGCAGCAGGACGUGGCCACCAAGCGCAUAUUCUCUGCGCUCCGAGUCCUGCCAGACACCAUGAGGAGCCUCCUCGCUGCCCAGAAAGACGCCAUCCUGGCGCGCCACGGAGCGGCCUUGCGGUGCCAGGGCAGCGCGCAGGCCCUGGAGGCCCUGGAGGCUGAGCUGCAGGCCCAGGCCAGGGCCUUCAUGGACACCUACACCAUGCGCUUCUGCGGCCACCUGGCCGCCGUGGGCGGGGCCGUGGGGGCCGGGCUCAUGGGCCUGGCGGGGGGCGUGGUGGGCGCAGGCAUGGCCGCAGCGGCACUGGCCGCGGAGGCCGGGAUGGUGGCUGCCGGAGCUGCGGUGGGGGCCACAGGGGCCGCCGUGGUUGGGGGUGGCGUGGGUGCUGGGCUGGCUGCCACCUUGGGCUGCAUGGAGAAGGAGGAGGAGGAGAGGCUGCAGGAGGGGGACCGAGAGCCGCUGCUCCGGGGAGAGUAACAGCCCCAGGAGACAGGAAAGGAGGGAGGGAUGCGAGGCGGGAGGGAAGGAAGGGGGGUUCCGAGGACCCCCAUGUCCACGCUGCCCUAGUGAAUGCCCAGGUCUGGGUGGCUGGCUGAGCUGGAGAAUCCAGGGAUCCCGGGGAGGGGCCCAGGGGCAGGAGCAGUGGUGGGGUGGUAAGUAGGAUGUAGGGCCUGUUUUUGGCUGCAGGCGAUUGCUGACUGGCCACUGACCCAAAUAAACCUGACCACGUGUCCCCAGCGGUUGUUUGCUCCACCCUCCCCGCCCUGGCUUACCCCCGGCGGGGGGCUGAGCGAGCUGGACCUCCCGGGGGGAGAGGGCCUGUCCUUUCAGAUGGGGGCAGCCCUGGGCUCAGCGACCUUGGUGAUCAGUAUUGGGGAGCACUAAAGUGGCCUGACCCCUGGGGUGGAGAAAGCUGUCCCUGGGACUGCUCCCAAGCUGCCCAGCAGGGGGUGUCCCUGCUCCUGCACCUCGGGGAGUCUGCAGCGGGGCCUCGGGCUGUGCCCUUUGUCACGCUGGUCAGGUGCAGUGUGCCUGUGCUUUGUGUGGGGUGCCACCCCGGCGCCGGGCUCGCUGCCAAAGAUGAAACCCCUGCAAUUGCAUCCGCUCUGCACAGACGGCCCCGGGAGCAUCUGCGAAAGUGCUCGAGCUUCAGCGAGGGAGCACGCUCAAUCCUGUGCCCCCACCAGCCUGUGGGGAGACCCUCUGCUCCAGGUCAGCAGGAGGCCUGGGUGCAGCCCACAGGGAGCCUGAGGGCCCAGGGCCUCCCAGGGGGCCAGGAGGCCCUGCCAGGAAGACUGCCAAGCUAUUGAACUUAAAAAGUUGAUGGGCACAUUGUACGAAAAAUAAAAUGUGUGCUUGAA